AUGGGAGGAGAUGGCGGGAGUAUACCUCGUAGGGUAGAGCUUGUGCGCAGUAAAAAAAAGAAGGAAAAUGUGGGGAAAGUUGCCGUUGAUGCAGCCAAGUGGAAGCAUUGUGCACUUAGUCAACAGCCUCUUCGUCAACCUAUAGUCGCUUGUCAACUCGGAAGGCUUUACAACAAGGAGGCCAUAAUCGAGAAACUUUUGGAUGAGUCAAAGUACACUAGUUCAGUCGCAAACCACAUUAGAAAGUUGAGAGAUGUCUGUGAUCUUAAGCUAACACCCACUCCGAAGGAGCUACAAAGCCACGAGCUUUCCUCAGGUAUAAUCGAGAACUCUGCUGAAACAUUCUGUUGCCCUAUUCUGGGGCAGGAAAUGAAUGGGUCUUAUCCGUUUGUUUUUUCCUGGGAGUGCGGUUGUGUCAUUUCAAAAAGAGCAUAUGACGCGGUUAAGGAUUCAAGCUGUCUUAACUGUGGGACGCCACUUAAACCAAACAGUAUCAUUCUUCUCAAUCCCGAAUCCGAAGAGGAGCUUAAAAUAGCUCAAGACCGGCUUAAAGUCUUCAAGGAGUCUUGCAAAAAGGAUUUAGCUGACAUAGGAGGGAAGAGAUCUUCCUCCUUUACAAAUCUCGCCUUCAUUGCAUCCAAGAAGUCCAAAACAGAAUUGAGGGACGAAGAGGUGGAGAAGAAUGCUUCUGCUCCAGUCUAUGCUUCCGUUCAGGACGAUCCAAACGCUUCUUCUGCAUUCAAGUCCCUCUUCACUACGUCCGAGGAGGCUCGUAGACAACCCAAGGCCCAUUGGGUUACCUUCAAUCCUCUAUACUUCCGAUGA